AUGCAGGAACAGCACCAAGACACCAAUCAGGGCCACCACGCGAUCGUCUUCGGGUGCUCUGGCAUCAACGGCUGGGCGCUGGUCAACCAGCUGCUCUCCGACUACCCAGCGCCCGGGACGUUCAGCAGGGUGACCGCCGUUGCGAACCGUGCGUUCAAUCCGGCAGAGGCCCAAUGGCCCUCCGAUGAUCGUUUGCAGAUUGUCUCGGGCGUGGACCUGCUAGCCGGCGACGAUCAGGCGCUGGCCGCCACGUUGCGCGAGAAGAUCCCUGCGGUUGAGACGAUCAGCCAUGUGUAUUAUGCGGCCUACCGCGCCAGCGACAACGCCGCCGAAGAAUGCCGCCUGAACAAGGAGAUGUUGCGCGCGGCCGUGCAGACCUUGGAGACGCUCUCUCCUAAGCUGUCGUUCGUGACGCUGAUCACCGGUACAAAGGCAUACGGCGUCUACCUCCUGGAGAAAUUCCCCUUCCGCGGACAGACCCCGCUGAGCGAGGACCUGCCCCGCGUGCCGGCCGAAUACGCCAAGGACCUGUUCUACUACCACGAAGUCGAUCUCCUGCAGAAGCUCAGCGCGGGCAAACAAUGGUCGUGGUGUGAAGUGCGCCCGGACGUGAUUGUAGGAGUCGCCCCUUUCGGGAACGCAAACUGCAUGGCUCAAACCAUGGGGAUCUACCUGAGCCUAUACCGACACAUCCACGGCGGCGCGGCCAAGAUCCCCUUCCCCGGCAACGACACCACCUGGUCGCUGACAUCCACCGACUCCAACCAAGACAUCAUCGCGCGCUUCUGCCUGCACGCCUCCCUGCAGCCCCGCGACAACGUCCACGGCAAGGCGUUCAACAUCGCCGACAGCGCGCGGCCCGUCGCCUGGUCGGAGCGCUGGCCGGCGCUGGCGCGGUACUUUGGGUUGGAAGGGGUCGGGCCCGACCCCGCGGUGCUGCACCCGACGCAGUUCAUGGAGAAGCAUUGGGGUACGGUGCAGGCGCUGUGUCGCGAGAAGGGGCUCAAGGAGGAGGUGAUUGAUCGGAGUAUGCAUAAUACCGGGGCGCGGAUGGGGAGUCUGAGGUUGAUGGAUUUCGAUCGCGAGUUUGAUCUGACGCGGGCGAGGGGGGUUGGAUUCGUGGAGGAGUUGGGGGUGGAGGAGUCGUGGCAUCGCGCGUUUGAGAGGGUUGGGGCGAUGGGGUUGUUAUUUUGA